AUGACACGUAAAAGUGCUGUGAAACAAAAAAAUAGUGAUUUUAAAUUUAUUCCAUAUGUUACUCCUAAAGCCUCAAAGAAAGCUACUAGUUCUACACCAGCUUCUUCGUUCUCUUCAACCUCAACUUCAGUUCUUACAAACCUUGAUUUAGAAAUUGUUCAAGAAGUUUUUAGCUCACUACCAAAUAAAGAAAUGGAUUUUGAAGUUUUUGAC